AUGGAGCCCAACAGUCCCAAAAAGAUACAAUUUGCUGUGCCUUUAUUCCAGAGUCAGAUUGCACCUGAAGCAGCUGAGCAGCUGGGCCUUUGUUGUUCACAGAUCAGGAAAAGAAGACCUACACCAGCAUCACUUGUGAUUCUCAAUGAACAUAACCCCCCAGAAAUAGAUGACAAGAGGGUGACCAACACACAAGCAGAAUCACAGAACGCAUCCCCUAAGCAAAGGAAGCAGAGCGUGUACACGCCACCCGCCAUGAAAGGGGUUAAGCAUACGAAAGGCCAGAAUGAAUCAGCAUUCCCUGAAGAAGAAGAAGGCGUGAACGAGAGAGAGGAGCAGUGGGACCAUUAA